AUGAUCUGGAGGCUUGUGUUGUGCAGCCUCCUCGCGCCGGCUGCUGGAUACCUGUCCUCGGAGCGGGUGCCUUUCUUUCACGGGCAUGUUUUUGAGAACUCACCGACAGCAUCUAAAGUAAACGGACUUAGCAUUCCGGUGAGACGUCUAAACGCGCAAAAAUGGUGCCCAGUCUCCGGGCUGCAUUUGAAACUGUACGGCAACGGGAGUGAAGAUUUUCGAGUUUUGACACACCACAACAGAGGAAAUGUAUUGCUGAAAACUUGUCGGGUUUUGGAUCGGGAAAGGCGCUCGGAGUACGUACUGGACCUGGCUCUGCGCUGCCAGGGCUGCGGACCGGAGUGUGGCGGUGCUCACGUUGUCGCUUCUGUAAAAGUAGACGUUUUAGACGCGAAUGAUCACGAACCCAUUUUUCGCAGUGCAGACGCGGUGCACAUAACUUUAGAUGACACGACAGCUCUCCGUAGUGUUGUGUACAGGUUUGAGGCUGUCGAUGCAGACAGCGGGAAGAACGCUGAGUUAACCUACACGUCUGUCCCACAAAAUGGCAGUUUCUAUGUAGUCCCCAAAACAGGAGAACUUCUUUUAGUUGAUUCUAUCCUCGGUUUACCCUCAAAAGUUAGAUUCAGUGUUUACGCCAGGGACCACGGCUGGCCCCCACUGUCCAGUAACCCGGUCACGGUCAUCAUAUCUCCACAGCGAUGGCCCUCCGCUGAAUUAACGGGGUCAGUGCGGUCAAGACGCGGACCCAGGGCGUUACUCGACCCGGACACUCUCCUCUCUCUCAACGUGUCCGAAGACGCCAGCAUCGGCUCCGUAAUCACGAGCCUGAGCCCCAGCAGAUUCCAGUCAGCCGCCUACGAGCUGCUUCACCCGGAGCCCCACAAGUCCCCCGUGAGCGUGGGGCGCGACAGUGGAGAUAUCAUCAUUACCAGGCGCCUGGACAGAGAGACUGAGCCUAUGGUGGAGCUCACGGUUAAGAUCCAGGACAAACGAGGCCCGGACUGGUACCUGAACAAGGUGAAGCUGAAAAUCGCUGAUGUCAAUGACAACGCUCCCGAGUGGAGUAUGAGGCCGUACCCGUACCUGGCUGUGGUCUCCCCGGAAGCCCCCGCAGGAACGUUUGUGUACCAGCUCCAGGCGUACGACGGCGACGAGGGGAGGAGCGGAGAGCUGGAAUAUUUUCUGUCUGAUGGCGGUGACGGCUGCUUUGUAGUGGACAAGAUGACGGGCCAGGUGGCGACCACGGGACUGGUGCUUCAGAGGGACAGGGAGUAUGUGUUGAGCGUGGUGGCUCUUGACGGCAUGGGGACCCGCAGUGCCCCCGCUAUGCUCUCGGUGGUGGCAGGGGCCCGGGCGCCGCAGUUCAGCAACACCAGCUAUGUCAUCGCCAUCCCGGAAAACACGCCUGAAGGACAACCGUUCAUGACGGUGGUCGCUGUCUCGUUUCAAAAACAGCCGAUCAGCUACAGCCUCCUGAUCAACCCCAGCAGCCUUUUCAGUAUCCGGCAGGAGACGGGAGAGAUCAGCUUGACCAGGACCCUCGAUUAUGAAAGCGAUCAGAGGAGAUACCUUCUGAUGGUUCGCGCCAGUGAGGAGCCGGGCAGCCUGAGCACGGCGACGGAGGUUCAGGUGUUGAUAACCGACGAGAACGACUGCAUCCCCGAGUUCCUGCAAUCCAUCUACAGCGUGGAUGGUGUCCCCGAAACGGUAACCACGGCAACGUCUCUGCUACAGGUUCUGGCCACGGAUUGCGACUCUGGGUUAAACGCGGAGCUGACCUACUACACGCUCAGCCCCGACUUCAGCAUCUCUCCCCACGGGACGGUCUUUCCCGCGGGGAGACUGGACUACGAGAGGCCCAACCAUCUGUACGAGUUCGUGGUGAUGGCGGUGGACAGCGGAGACGAGCCGCAUUCUGGAACUGCCACCGUCCGAGUGCGGAUGGCCAAUGUCAACGACGAAGCUCCGGAGUUCUCCCAGCCAGUAUAUCGAACUUUUGUUUCCGAAGACGCCGGUCCCAACACGCUGGUUGCCACGGUUCUAGCUAAAGACCCAGAUGGCGAUGCUAUAAUCUACUCCAUAACAGCGGGCAAUGAGGAAGGAAAUUUCAUCAUAGACAGCCAGAAAGGGUUGAUCCGUCUCCGCUCGAGUCCCCUUCCAAAGCUUCAAGGCCUGGAAUACGUUCUGAAUGUGACUGCCACAGAUGACAACGCGUCAGGAGGCCCCCACGCGCUCUCCUCCGCCGCCCGUGUCAUCGUCGGGGUGGAUGAUGUCAACAAUAACAAACCGGUUUUUGAAGAGUGCCAGCAGUAUCGGGAGCAGGCCUCGGUGUUAGAGAACCAGCCAACAGGGACUUUUGUGUUGCAAGUGCAUGCGGUGGAUGCAGAUGAGGGAGCAAAUGGGAAAGUCAAAUACGGCUUAAUGCACAGAGACAGUGCAAUGGCUGCCUUCAGGAUAAACCCCGAAACAGGAGAGAUUGUGACAGCCAGACGUUUUGACAGGGAGCGCCAGAGAGAGUAUUCAAUUACAGUAACAGCUACAGACUGGGCCGAGGAGCCGCUCAUUGGCAUCUGCACGCUCACCAUCCAAAUACUGGACCAGAAUGAUAAUAGCCCCAAGUUCGAGAAUCUGCGCUACGAGUAUUUCUUGAGAGAGGACACGUUGGUGGGGACCAGCUUCUUGCGCGUGGCUGCUCACGACGACGACUUUGGCACCCAUGCGGCCAUCGCUUACUCCAUGUCUCCGGAGCAGCCCGAGUACCUCCAGGUGAAUCCGGUGACGGGGUGGGUGUACGUCAACCAGCCCAUCUCACAGAGGGCCCACAUCACCAGAGAAAUCACGGCCACGGACGGAGGGAACAGGAGCUCGUCGGUGGAGUUGGCCGUGACCAUCACCAACGUAAAGAACCAGCCUCCGCAGUGGGAGCAGGACAGCUACUACGUGACCGUCCCCGAGAACACGGCCCGAGACACCCCCAUAGUGACCAUCAAGGCAACGUCUCAGCUCGGCGACCCCAGGGUGACCUACAACUUGGAGGACGGGAUGGUACCGGAGACGAACAUGCCCGUGCGGUUUUACCUGUCCCCAAACCGUGAAGACGGGUCGGCCUCCAUUUUGGUGUCAGAACCUCUGGACUAUGAGACGACGCCGUUUUUUUCUUUGAGAGUUCGAGCUCAGAACGUGGCAGCCGUCCCUCUCGCUGCUUUUUCCACCGUUUACGUCAACAUCACAGAUGUCAACGAUAAUGUGCCCUUCUUCACCUCCUCCAUCUACGAGGCCUCGGUGACCGAAGGGGCGCAGAUAGGAACGUCGGUGCUGCAGGUGUCCGCCUUCGACAAAGACCUGGGCCUGAACGGAGAGAUCACUUACACUUUACUGAGUGACAGCAGCGGUGACCACAGUCUGUUCCGCAUGGACCCAGCUCUUGGAAUCAUCUACACAGAGGCAGUGUUUGACCGAGAGGCGCGCAGCUCCUACCUGCUCGAGGUGCAGUCUGAGGAUGGACAGGAGUCUGCACGGCCGGGGAAAAACAAACAGCCAAAUUCAGACACGGCGUAUGUGCGGAUUUUCAUCAGCGACGUCAACGACAACAAGCCCGUCUUCGCUCAGAGGCUGUACGAGGUCGGCGUAGACGAGGAUGCAGAUGUGGGCCUCACUGUUGUCACUGUUAGCGCUAAUGAUGAAGAUGAAGGAGCCAAUGCCAAGCUGCGCUACCAGAUAACGUCAGGAAACAAAGGUGGCGUUUUUGACAUCGAGCCAGAAGUGGGCACCAUUUUUAUCGCUCAGGCGUUGGAUUACGAGCAGCAGAAACGCUACAAGCUCCUGGUCCUGGCCUCGGACGGGAAGUGGGAGGACUACGCGGCCGUGGUGGUGACGGUGGUUAAUAAGAACGACGAAGCGCCGGUGUUUUCCAUGAACGAGUAUUACGGAUCAGUCACGGAGGAGCUGGACGGGUCGCCGGUGUUUGUGCUUCAGGUGACGGCCACUGACCCCGACAAAGACGCGGACCAGGGAGCGAUCCGCUACUCCAUUCACGGGCAGGGCGCUGAGUCACAUUUCAUGAUCAAUGACCUGACGGGGGAGAUGUACGCCCAACGCACCAUGGACCGAGAGGAGCGUGCUGUGUGGCGCUUCGUCGUCAUGGCGACCGAUGAAGAAGGCGAGGGUCUUACGGGCUUCACUGAUGUUAUAAUCAAUGUUUGGGACAUCAAUGACAACGCGCCCGCCUUCUCCUGCGCCCCGGAUAACUGCCACAGCAGCGUCCCGGAGAAUUCCCCUCCUGGAACAUUCGUUGUAGAAAUGACCGCUGUGGACCUUGACGACGCGGCGGUCGGGCAAAACGCAAUCUUGACAUAUAGGAUUAUCGAAAACGCUUAUAAUGCAAACAGCGUGCAGCUUUUCGCGAUGGAUUCCAGCACUGGCACUAUAUCGGUUUCGGCAGAGGGUUUAGAUAGAGAAACUGCAGAGAGCCACCAUUUAGUAGUCGAGGCGAGGGACGGCGGGGGUAUGACGGGCACCGCCACCGCUACUGUAAUGGUAACGGACAUCAACGAUCACAUGCCGAAGUUCAGAGAGGACUGGUGCGGCGCUCGCAUACCCGAAAGCGCCAGCGUUGACGCUUCAAUCCUCGAUCUGAGCGCCCUGGACCCCGACGCCGGCACUUACGGGCAGGUCGCGUUCAGCAUAGUGGCCGGAGACCCCGAGCAGAAGUUCUACAUGGUUAGCCACAGAUUGGAGAAGACGGGGACGCUGAGGCUGAGGAAAGGCGUGGACUUCGAGAAGGCGGCGGAUCAGAGGUUCAAUCUGACCAUCAAAGUGGAGGAUACCGACUUUUCGAGCUUCAUUCACUGCGUGGUUCUGGUGGAAGACGAGAACGAUAACAGCCCCGUUUUCGACCCCGUUUCUCACCUGCUCUCGCCGAUACGCGAGGACGUGGCGGUGGGCACGAGCGUCAUCCAGGUCGUGGCCACUGACUCGGAUUCAGGCCUGAACGGAGACAUUUAUUACAGCAUCCUGCCCAGAUCCGACCCGCACGGGCACUUCGCGGUCAACCGAGCCGGAGUGGUUACGGUGACCAGGCCGCUGGACAGGGAGACGGCGGCGGGUUACGAUCUGGUUGUCAUGGCGACGGACAGGGGCACGCCAGGCCUGACCGGCAGCGCCACGGUCCACUUGCAGCUGCUGGACAUGAACGACAACGGGCCGGAGCUGGAGGCAGAGUACGCGCCGGUUUUGUGGGAGAACAGCCCCGCGCCCCAGGUCGUCUGGCUCAACAUCAGCACCAAUCUGCUCCACGUCGCGGAUCGAGAUUCCCCGGAACACGGCCCCCCCUUCUCCAUCUCUCUGCCCUCGCAUUUCUCCGCCGAUUUCCACCUCCAGGACCACGGGAACAGUUCUGCAACGCUAACCGCCCUGCGCAGGUUUGACAGGGAACGGCAGCGGGAGUUUCAUCUGCCUGUCAUUAUGAUUGACAGCGGCCGUCCUCCAAUGACAUCCACAAGCACGCUCACCAUCACUAUCGGAGACCAGAAUGAUAACGCGCAUCAGGCUGGGGAGAAAGAUGUUUAUGUGCACAGUCGCAAAGGGAGGAUGGCGAACGCGGCGCUCGGGAGGGUGUAUGCCCCAGAUCCGGACGACUGGGACAACAAGACGUACACGCUGGAGUCGAGCGCGGCCAAGUACUUCAGUUUGAACCAGAGCAGCGGGGAUCUGACCCUGCGCCAGAACACUCCUGCGGGCAGUUACUGGCUCAGAGUCGGGGUGUCUGAUGGGGUCUGGCCUGACGUGAUGUCUGGGGUCAGAGUUCACAUCAGGGAGCUGGAGGAAAGGGCUGUCCAGUCGUCCGCCUCGCUGCAACUCUCAGGCAUUACCGCCAGAGAUUUUAUCGACUCCCGCGUGGAGGGGAAGAGCAGACUGGAGACGUUCUGGGACUUCCUGUCUGAAACGCUGUCCGUCAAAGCUCCGAGCAUCAACAUUUUCAGUAUAGCCGACAGAGGGGAGAAAAUGGUGGACAUUCAUUUCUAUGUGCUCACUGAUCAGAGCUACGUUCACCCGGAGAAACUGCACGCUGUCCUGGCUGCUCAUAAAAAAAAGCUGCAGUCUCUCCUGAGGGCGGGUGUGAGGCAGGUGCAGGUGGAUGAGUGCGUUCAUGUGGACUGCAGAGCUUCCACUGGCUGCUCCACCGCCCUAACCGUCACUGACACCCCCACCACGCUCGACUCCGGCGCCCUGUCCCUGGUCUCGCUCAAGGUGUCCACCGCAGCUGUCUGUGGGUGCGCUGCCAGGGAGAGGACGCACAGGCCCUGCUCCUCCUACCCCACCAACCCCUGCCUGAACGGGGGAGUCUGCGUCAACACCCAGAAUGGAUACAGGUGCCAGUGCCCCCCGCAGCUCCAGGGCCCCGACUGUCAGCAGACGAGACUUAGUUUCCUUGGCAACGGCUAUGCCUGGUUUCCCCCCAUAAGGCCGUGCUUUGAUAGCCAUCUUUCACUGGAGUUUCUGACGGAAGAGGACGACGGACUGCUGCUCUACUCGGGCCCCGUGGCGACGCUGAUGCCCGGAGACCGUGAGGAUUACAUGGCCAUAGAGCUAAUUGCCGGGUCACCCACCCUGAAAAUCAAUCAUGGCUCUGGAACUCUGGUUCUCCAAUUAACAAAAAACGUGGCAGACAGAAGGUGGCACCGCCUCGACGUCAGGAGCAACAGUAAAGAAGUCCGCUUCACCCUGGAUCGAUGUUCCAGUGCGAUCGUCAUGGAGACCGAAGGCGUGGACUCAUGGGCGAUGACAGAGGACCGCUCGUCGUGCGAAAUCCGAGGGGUGACACCCAACAGAGACAAGUUUCUCAACGGCAGUCAUGUCCUGCAGCUCGGAGGGGUCAACGAGAACAUCACGUACGAAUACCCGCAACUGCAGUACAAGCACUACAGCGGGUGUGUGAGAAACCUGCUCGUGGACAGCCAGCUCUAUGACCUUGGUUCUCCGGCUGAAGCGACCAGCACUUUUCCAACGUGCUCUCUGGACGAUGACCCGUGUGACGACAAGGAGCCGCUUCCUUCGUGUGGCGGCAGGGGGCGCUGUAACGGUGAGAAGAGCUCCUUCAGCUGCCUGUGUGAGGCUGGACUCUCGGGGCCAAAGUGUGACAAAGCAGCUCCAGAGUUUUCUUUUGACGGACGCAGUCACAUCCAGUACCAGUUUCUGUGGUCGGUCCCGGCCCGGCAGACCCACGUGCAGGUGGGGGUCCGGACGCGCUCCCCCUCCGGCGUCAUCCUCAGCCUGCUCUCCCAGGAACAGAACGAAUACCUGCGUCUGGAGGUUAUCCAAGGUCUGCUGGCUGUUUUCUACAACCUCGGCGAUGGAGACUACAACGUGACUCUCCACUCGUUUCGCCUUAAUAACGGCGAGUGGCACGAGGUGGAGCUGGAGCGGGUGGGGCGCGAGUUCAGCCUGCGCGUGGACGGCGGCGGGGGGCAGCGCGAGGUCACGGCCGCUCCAGGACGCAGCCACGAGAUCAUUAUCGACUCCGCGCUGGUGAUGGUCGGCAACUCCUUCCCGUCCGGGCACAACCGCAGCUUCCUGGGCUGUUUGCGAGACCUGAGGUUUAACGGCCGCCUCAUCCCCCUGGACGUGGAGAAGCACACAGAAGGACUCGGGGUGGUGACUUCUCAAGGCGUCUCCCGUGGGUGCUCCUCCGACGCCUGCAAAAAACACCAGUGCUCCUCCCCCCUGGUCUGUGUGGAUCUGUGGAGACAACACGAGUGCAGAUGCCCUCCCGGACACCUGACCAAAGAGAGCCCGGUGGGUAAAGUGUGCGUCUACACUUUGUGCGCCAGCCGUCCUUGUCGCCACGGCACCUGCGUCCCCCACUCGCCCUCGCGCUACUCGUGCCACUGCAGCCAGGGCUACAGGGGGCGCCACUGCGAAGUCGCCCUGGCCCUGUUCCACGACGAAGGAAACAGCCUCAGUCUCAGCUCCAUGUUCGCCAUCAGCAUCUGCGUCAUGGCGUUUCUAGUGCUGAUGCUGGGCCUGUUCCUGUACUCGUGCUGGAGGAGACACAAGGGGCUGAAGGAGGGCGUGUACCAUGUGUCUGCGCACCACGGCGAGUGGGAGGACAUCCGAGAAAAUGUACUUAACUAUGAUGAAGAGGGCGGAGGGGAGCAGGAUCAGAACGCUUUCAACAUGGUGGAGCUUCAGCGUUCCCUCCAGGCCAGCCCGGCUCAGUCUCUCCGCUACAGCUACCCGCAAAGCAUCAUCUCCUACCCCAACUCCAAGCAGUCCCUGGACAACAAAAAAACCUUACCCAACGGAACCGGGAACGCUGCCAUCGCCUUGCGUCUCGCCAUACCGUCCUCGGAGUCAGAGACCUUACCUUCCCCGCUGACUUUCCGACGCUCCCAAAAAACCCUCUCCUUCUCCAGUCAGGAUUUGGCUCGCUACCUGUGCGAAGUGAUCAGGGACAUGGAUCACCCCGGGGAGCUGGGUACCAUGACCACGCCGCGACGCCCCAAAGCCAAAGAGCGGGGUCUGGCUGCCGGGCGCUCCCUCAGCUCCUUAAGCGGCGGUCAGGCGUCGGAGGUGAGGCAGCAGAGCGGACGCGCGGACAGGUUCAAAACGCUCAAAGCCGUGGUGAGCGAUUUGAGAGGGGGGGACUCGAGGACUGCAGAGGGCCAGAGAGAGAGGGCCAAGGAGAGCAGGGGCCAGCUCAACUGUGAGAAGAGCGGAUAA